CGAUGGUAAUAUAUCACGCGACACCUGUCGCAGUAUUGAUGUGUUACAUCAGUAAAACAGACUCUGCUGCAGAGCAACAGGAUAACUUGAUGUCUAGGGUUAAGAUAGGGAAAGGUAGUAUCUGUGGAAGCUGUUUUCUCCAUGUCGAAAUAGGGGGACAUAGCUUGAAUUCAUCGAGAAGUCUGGUGUAAACGUGGAACCAGCUGUCGUCUCUAUAACAUUCUGUUUCAUGUUGAUUGCCCUGAGCAGUGAGCAUAAGUAUCAGCACCCAUCCUGGCGAUAUAAGAAGGUGUACUUUGGGAGCUACUGCAUCGAGUCCCCUGAAGCCAUGCAGAUGAUUUACCAAAUUCUGCUGAUAUUGGUAUUUGAAGCAUACGGAGAAGACAGCUGUGGAUGGGGGAAAUAUGGAGACAAGUGCGACAAAGAUUGCCCUUCGAACUGCAUCUCUCACCCAGUACGAAACCUCAGACACUGCCACAAGGAGACAGGGAGGUGCUCGGAGGGGUGUGUGCCGGGGUGGUUUGAGGAUCUCUGUGACCACGCUUGUAGCAAGAACUGCUUGAGAAACAUCUGUAAUCGCCAAAAUGGCAUCUGCACGUUUGGUUGUAGUGGAAACUACACAGGAGACUAUUGCAACAUUACUCCAGUGACGGCGGCGACACCUCCCAGGGAAUACAGAACACCCUGGGUCACAGACACAUCCUCAAUAACACCGAGUGAAUCUAGGCCAGAGACAACACCGGACCUGACUGCAAUACUUGUCCCUGUGUUCCUCAUCCUGAUUGUCCUCGCUGUGGUGGUGUUAAUACUCAUUCUUUAUAGACGAAAACCGAAAAGGGGAGGCACCUGGCUGACAAAUGCAGUGACAGCUAUAAUUCCAUGCUGGAGAACAACCACUACAGCUAAAAGAUUAUACAGAAAUAGAACGAUUGGUGAAGACGAACCCUUCGUGGCAAAGCAAGGAGGAGCAAGGUUUGCCAGCAUUUUGAAAGCAGUAAAGAGAGACGAUGAUUUCUCCUGCAGUUUAUUGGACAAUGUAAACCUGCUGUCUGAAACGGACGAAAGGAAAAUAAAGGAUAUUCAAAGCAUCUUUGUUGAAACUGAGGCCUUUGAGGAGGUUAAAGAAAGAUUGCAGAUGGUUGGUCAUGUGACAAUAAGCGGUGCUCCAGGAUCUGGUAAAACAUCCAUGGCCCUGAUGCUGGGAGCUGAAUACAGGAGGCAGGGGUAUGAGCUGGUACUGAUUGAAGAUGUAGAUAAAGUGCAGUUGUCUGAUUUUCUAGAUAAAGACAGAGAUGUGUGUGUCAUAUUUGACGACAUGUUUAAGACAUUCAGAUCAUACACGGAUAUGCCUCGUCUUACACACUUGCUGUAUGACCUGCUUACGCUCCUAGAACAGUGUAAGUCCAGGUCGGAGAGAAGCUAUGAGAGUCUGAGGCAGGAAUCAAGAGCGGACCAGAGAGUUAUGGUCCAUUUAAACAUCUUUUGUAUAUUUACUUCUGAAACUAACAACCUUGAGCAUACACUGUCAAUGCUAGAAGACCAGCCCAUUUCAGAGAUUAUCCUGACAAAGACUACAUCUCUUUGCUAUACACACGAGGAGAGCAAAGCAAUAUGGUUGAAUCACAAACGUCAGUACAAAUGUAGGGCAGAUGUUGAUAUGAACAAAAUUAUUGCAUUAAUGGAAACAACUGUCGGAUUUCCUCUUGCAUGUAAACUUUUCUCUAGAUAUACUGGUUUUCAAACAUACCGUGAACGUUUUUUCGAGGACCCUCUUUUUUAUAUAAAACAUGAACUUCAUACGAUUAUCAGCCUAUUGGACGACAAGUCAGCUGCUCUCAUCCUGCUGCUGCUGUGCGAAGGGCAGCUAAACAUCAGCCAGCUGGAGGCUGCAUCUGACUCCGGCCUAGAGGCUCACUUCAAGGCUGUUUCAAGUAUUGUGAAGACGUCAGCAAGAAAGGAUGUUGUGAAAGCUGUCAGGGGCUUCUGUGGUACAAUUUGUACGGAAGGAAACACCACAGCAUUUUCGCAUUCUGUGAUUUAUGAUGUAUGUGCUUCUGUUUUGUUCAGUAUUGACCAAGAGUUUACUCUUAAACAUUGCGGUAUUACGUUCCUCUUUGAGCAUGUACAAGAUCAGCGAGCCAAGGGUUCUCCUCUUAUUGAACACAAACUCAGCAUUCCUUUCUCAGGGGCCUACAGUGGAUUAAUUGCUAAGAGGAUGGCUGAUGCUAUUGUUAGUGGUGCAUUCAAUAAAUACAUCAUGCAUCUCACGUUAAAGGAAAACAAAAUAGCCGACAGCUUAUGUGAAAUGAUCAAAGAACCAGCCGCCCUGUCUGAUGACGUCAAGCACAACAUUCUACAAUAUGCCUGUAUCACUGGGAACAAAAAUGUCUUGGAACGACUUCUUCCCUACUGUUAUAUUGAUAGGCAUGGCCUUUGUGGCUGGACACCAUUAAUGUACGCAGUUGUCUCAGGGCAGAUGGGUUGUUUUGACAUUCUUGUGAAUAGAAAAGCUGACAUUAAGUUAUGUGAUAGCAACAACUACAAUUUACUGCAUUUGGCCUGUCAGCAUGGAUCUUUGCUCACUGUAAAACACAUAAGCAUGGCAUUCAAGAAACUUCGCCCUGACUUGUAUCUUAAUGCUCGAGGAAGACAUGACUGGACCCCACUUAUGUGUGCAGUGCUCUCUGGCAAGAAGGAUGUUUUAGACUAUCUUAUCCAAACAAAAGUAGAUUUAACAUUAAGAGAUAGCAAAAACGACACACCUCUUCAUCUCGCAUGUCGGUAUGGAAAUACAUCAAUUGUUGAAAGUCUGCUCCCCAUCACAGAUGUAAAUACACGUGGCAACAAUGGACAGACGCCAGUGAUGUGUGCAUUAUUGUCUGAGACAAAGGAAACUCUCGACCUUCUUGUUUCACACAAUGCUGACAUCUUAUUGACAGAUGAUGACAACAACAGCCUCAAUCAUGUGGCUUGCCAUGUUGAUGAUGUGUCCCUUGUAGUGCAAAUAGUGCCUAAGUUUGACAUUAACAUUCGGGGAAAACACGGAUGGACGCCAGUCAUGACUGCAGCUGUAAAUGGAAAGGCGGAUCUAUUUCGACUCUUCCUGGAUACGCUUAACGUUGACCUGAAACUAACAGAUGACACCAACAACAAUCUCCUCCAUCUUGCAUGCCAUGGGGGAAAUGUCUCCAUUGUGAUGAUAUUGCUGCCAAAGUUUGACAUCAACAGUCGGGGAAACAACGGAUGGACGCCAGUGAUGUGUGCAGCUGCCAGUGGAGUAGAGAGUGUGUUCCACCUGCUUGUGUCACAUGGGGCGGAUGUAGCGCUGAGGGAUGACAACAACAAUUCUGCAUUCCAUUUAGCAUGUAUAGGUGGAAAUAUUUCCAUUGUGAAAUAUCUACUCUCAAGAACUGAUAUCAAUUGUCAGGGAAACCACGGGAGAACAGCUGUAAUGAUUGCAGCUCUGCUUGCAAAACAAACUCUGUUUAAACUACUGUUGUCGAAGAAGGCCGAUAUCACACUGACUGAUGAUUAUAAUGACACGGUCUUGCACAUUGCGUGUCAGGGUGGAAACCAAUGUAUUGUGAAAUAUCUCAUGCCCCAGUUUGACAUCAAUGCUCCCGGAAGACAUGACCGGACAGCAGUUAUGAAUGCAGCAAGGUCUGGCAGGAAGGAUGUGUUUUUUCUGCUUGUGAGUCAGAAAGCUGAUCUCACUUCGACUGAUGAAUACAAAGACAAUGUUCUACAUAUGGCAUGCCAGGGAGGGAACACAGCUAUUGUAGAAUAUCUUUUGACAAUAUUUGAUGUCGAUCUUCGGGGAAGGAACGACCGGACACCAGUAAUGCAUGCAGCGAGGGCAGGACAGAAGAAUGUGUUCAACUUACUUGUGUCAAGAAAUGCAGAUCUCACCCCGACUGAUGAGUACGGGAACAAUGCACUUCACCUUGCAUGUCAGGGUGGGAAUCGUUCCAUCGUAAACGACCUCCUGCCUAAGUUCGUCAUUAAGGUACCUGGAAAAGAUGGCUGGACACCACUUAUGAAUGCAGUUGCUUAUGGAAGAAGGAGCGUGUUCCACCUGCUUGUGUCCAAGGGAGCUGAUGUUUCCAUGAAGGAUAGCCACGGCGAUUCUGUGUUCCAUUUAGCAUGUCAGGGUGGAAUUAGUUCCAUUGUGGAAUGUCUACCGCUAAAGAAUGAUGUCAGCACUAAAUACCAUGAUAUAGCAACACAAAGACAGGAAUCUUUGUUCAAGAAAAAGAGCUUUGACAUCAACAUCAGAGGCAGGAAUGACCAGACACCGCUAAUGAGGGCAGUGUGUGGAGGACAUAUUGCUGUGUUCCGGUUCUUGGUGUCCCGUGGUGCUGACCAAUCUCUGGUGGACAAGGAUGGACACACUCUUCUACAUCUUGCUACUCAGCAUGGUCAGCUUCAUAUGGUGAAAUACAUCAUAGACUCUUUUGACAUCAACACUAAAGACAACGCUGGCUUGACACCUGUUAUGACGUCAGUAUUACAUGGCAAAGUCGCUACGUUCGAAUAUCUUCGAGGAAGGGAGGCAGACUUGUCGCUAGUUGACAAUGCAGGGAAUAACUCUUUAGAUCACGCUCAUAAAGUAGGAUGCAGACAAAUCAUAGAACUACUAGAGAAAGACAGGGAGGUCAGACGAUUGUCUGCGGCGAUGAAUCCGUGUGUUAGUAAAGUGUCUGUCCCUGAUAAGAAGGCAAUGCAGCCCCACCAGUGCUACUCAGAAGUCAUCUGUGAGAGGGCUAGUGGACAACCUGAAAAACAGAUCCAACAGCUAUGAUCAUGUCCUAAAACAAGGAGACACAUUACUACAUGUGGCAUGUCAAGAAGUCAUCUGAUACUAGAUGUUCGAGGCUGGUGUGACUAGACACUGGUGGUAAAGGGAGUGCAUGCCUUACUGCUACUGGUGUUUGACAAACGAUAUCGUCAUUCUUGUUCAGCAGGAGAUGGCAAAUAAAUAAUUACUUAAUAUUUGUUUCUAAGAAAUGAAAAUAAUGGUUUAACAUUGAAUUUACUCAUGAAUUUAAAUAUCCCCCCUUUGAUACAUAAAAUCAGAAAUAGAUAUUUAACCGGAUACAAUUGACCGAGAAGAAAUGUUGUUUCAAUACAUGUAACUAUUACUGCACAUAACCUAUGGAUGUGAGUGUAUCUAUUCCAUUUUUAACUAUUUUCUCAUCCAGUGCACCUUCAAUUGUUCACGUUGAUUGAUAUAUGUCUACUGUAAAAGUGACAUGUACAUAUGCUCGGUAUCCUGUAUUUGUCAAAUAGAUUUCAAUGUAUCCCUUGUGCGUUUUGAUGUUGGUACUACCUCCUUUUGAAUUAUUUGAACGAAAAUAAUUGUUUGCUAAAAGGAAAUAGAGUUUUGUUAACUCUGACGUUGUGCCAGAUGUGUUUUAAGUAAUAUUGUAUCAGUUUUCUUCACGUGUCUGGAAACUCAGGCGUUUAUAAGAAAAUGUUCCCAAAGUUUCCUUGACACAUUCCUGUUGGGUACACAUGCACUAUGAAAGCCGAAUAUCUCCAUGCAUUGAUUAGAAAGAACAAUAAGAUGUAUAUUUUGGUUGAAACAAACUAUUAUCUCGCUCAAAGGACUUUUGAGUACCUUGUUAACACAAUACAAAAUUACAAUAUCCUGUUUAAACAUCCCAGUUACCAGUUUAAAUGAGUUGUUUUUUUAUCAAAGGGGUAGAAUGAAUAUAAUCCUACACAUUGUGUCCAUUUGGGGAAACGAACCCUGGCCAUUUGCGUGACAAACACUUUCUGUAAUGAUUAGGCUACCCCACCUUCCUUCAACGAUCUCAAAACCAAAUCCAUAAAUUGUAGGAGGGACGAGAGGGACAGACGAGCUCAAUGUCAGCGUGUUCAAAAUAUCAGGACAAAAUAUUCUGUAAAACAUACUCUACUACAUGCACGAGAUCAGUUUUCACUUGAACAUGUAGACUCUUUUCAGUUAAAUUUGUGACCUUCACAGUCAUGUGUAGAAAGUUUAUAUUUUGUUCAGCACACAUCAGGUGUUGAGUCUUCAUUGUCUUGAGGAGAGCCAUCACAGUUUUUUUAUACUCAUUCUUUCAAUAUCAAUGUCUACGUCCACAAAACAUAAUACUUGGUUGUUUCUAACAAAGAGUAAGUCGUUUAGAACAGUUACCAAACGUACGCCGAACUUCAUUUAUGCCAGUUUGCAAGUAGGUUACCUGAGGAGAUUAAACCUCCUGUUUUUUUUUUUUGUUUUUUGUUUUUAAACUGGUCCUCUUAGAAUACAAUACCAAUAUUCAUAGGUCAUUCUUGAUUUUACAUUUUAUCUUAAACAUAGUUAUGUAGGCAUUGAUUUGAGCAACCUUUGUAUAUACGAAUGUAUAUCAAUUGUGUGUAAACAACUUUAGACAGUACACAGGCACGUUAUUCUUCAGAGAUGCUUUCAUCCCGUCCAACUUAUACCUGUAGCAUAUUACUUAUAUAUAUUGGGUGAAAUAUGUAAGGGAACACCUGGUAUCAUCUAAAUACAAUGUUUAUUCUUAAUACACGAUAAUUAUCAUCUGGAAACACACACACGUGAUAACCUCUAUCAAUCUGACAAAAGUAAUAAAUCAAGUGAUUAGCUGAUGAAACAGACAUUAUUACUUAGAAAACAUAAAGAGUGAUUUAAUAACAGGAUGGGAGAUGGUAGAGACGUGACCGAUCAAGAAGUCAGUGAGAAGUACCACUGAUUCAGAGUGUUUUUCUUCAUCUUGACAACAUCAAACAUGUACUAAUAUUACUACUGUAACUGUAGACUUGAAUGAAAUAAUCAGGGAUAUGACUGAUUUUACUCAACAUGUUUAUUUAUUUCAUGGCAGAGAACACAAGCCAUGUAAUGUAGUACUUGAUGUUUAACGCCUCAGCAACGUUCCGGCUAAAUAACGGUGGUCAGUAAAUACUCGAGCCAAUCCAGUGAUUUACUGUAGGAGCAUGGCACCACGCAGAUGGUAUGUAAUGCCAUGGAAUCAACCACUUCAUCGAGCUGGUCGAAUUGAUAUAAUUAUUGUGUUGACUCUUUCGACAAGAACACAGCACGGUGUAUAUACAUUUUAGCACAAGACAAGAGACAUGUUCAUGUUAUAAAUGUAUCUAUGUACUACAUAAAUAUAUUACAUUCAAUUAAUUCUAUGUGAUGUACAUUUCAUUCAUGUUGUAUUGUAACCUCCGUUGCAGUCAAUUUAAAUAAGUUCUGUUAACUGACACUAUUAUUAUGAUAAUAACUUUUAUAAGAAUUCCUUUGCACUAUCUUAAUGAAGUGUAACUCUAUUGCUUAUUGCCUAUUGUAGAAUCAUGUAUCUUUGUAUGUGGACCAAUACGAUACAGAUUGUUGAUUGUAUAUUAUCAUUUUCUUGUCAACAUUUUCAAACAAUUAAAAUGAGUUCAAUUCAAUGUACAUUACAUACUCAUUAUCGUCCUUGUCGUGUCUCUGUAGAUUUGGAGUGUUUGUGUAAAUGCCAUUUCUUUCUUUCUUCUAUAUUCCAUACCCCCUGG